CGGCCACGCAGUGUGGCGUACGGAAUCAGGUUCUCUUCCGCCGAGAUAUCCAACACACCGGUUUGAUCUCUACCGCGGAGAGCCAGAGAUCGCCGUCGCUCUCGAAUCUCAGCCCAUCGGCGUGUGCGUGUCAACUGACUGCGGCUCGCCUUGCGUCCCUCCCUCAUGGCCUUCUCUUUCUCGUGGCCGUUUCGCCGCCGGGGCAGCGGCAGCGGGGGCGGCGGCGCAAGCAAGUCGGCCGAGGAGGACGAGGAGCUGGGCGUGACCCCGCAGCUCCUGGACUUCCUACGGACGCUCUCCCCCGACGCCUUCAAGUCCGUCGCCCUCCAGCUCCAAGAAGGCUCCGCGGAGGCGACCGCCGGCGACCUCACCAGCUGGCAGGAGCGGCAUGCCGUGCUCGUGCUAUCCAAAGCCAAGGAACUCGCCAAGAUUCGGUACGAUCUGUGCCCUCGCCACAUGAAGGAUAAGCAGUUCUGGAGGAUAUACUUCCGGCUCGCCAAGAGUUAUAACUCACCGUACGAGCUACGUGCCAUACAGAAAGAAAAGUUACGAAGGAUGGAGACGGAAAAUGGCAAGUCAACAGAAGUGAUUACUGUUGAGGUGGAGAUGCAGGAAUCAAAAGGCAGUAGAGCCUCUCAAACAUCAGAAGUUGAUUCAGAAUCCUAAGCUUCAUAGUUGUAGCUGCUGACAGAAUAUUAGUCUAGGUGAUGCAGGAAGCGAUACUUAGUUGAUGCCUUGUUUAUGAUUCCUUCACAGAUCAAUAGCUCAUAUAUCCAGUUGAAACACCCGAUGCUUCACAACUGCUGCACGAGUUCAUCAGAUGAUGCAUGGCCUGGAUGGCUGGAUCUGUAUUGCAAUUUGCAACUCCCUCUGGACUGACAAUCUGCUGACUGUAUUUUUGUAUCCUGAAA